UCAUACAUGUGCUUGCAAGCUCAAAAAAGGGCAAAUAUUAUAAAGAUAGUUUUUGCACACAAUACCUACAACUAUAACAACAUUAACAUAACAUUUUUCCUAUGUGUUUUACUUAAAUCAAAAAGUGCUGAACGGAAUGUUUUCUGAUUUCAUAUAAAUAGGCCUACAUCUUAAUCAGCAUAACAAUGGAAGGCAUUUUACAUUAAUAUAUUCAUUUCUUGCAGAAAAAUCUUUUAUUAAUUUUCUUGGCUUAACCUAUUUCGUUGUAGGGGGUCCACAGGUGAAACAAUGACUGGAAAAGGGGGAACGGGACAAAUAAGGUUGGGAACCGCUGCCCUACACCAUCCCUGGACAUUCUCACAAACAUAUGUACAAGAUGACAUUUCUACACUGUCUGAGGAAGGCUUUUGGAGGUCCAGCCGCACACUGCACACUGCUUUCCUAAACGUGUGUGCAGAGUGCAAGACAGAGAGUGGCAAGGAUGGAGGAUGCUUCAACAUUGACAGCAUUAUUGGUUCAGGGUUUCUGUGUUUGUGGAAAAUAGUGGACUUAACUAACACUGUGCAUCAAAUCACUUCAUUACAUGUCGGCAUAUAUUUAGCUACAAGGAGUAACGGUUCAUGAGAUUUGUGAUGUAUAAAACGUGGCUUAGAGGAGAUCUUGCAUUAUGAAGAUUUGUUUAAAGGUGUUUGUUUGUUAGCAUGAUGUGUUGUGUCAGUCUGAACAGUCCAGAUGGCAUGGGUAAGUGAGGAAAAGUUUAGGGAAAAUAGGAAAGAAUAUGAAGUAGAUGGAUACAUUAUGUAUUUACACCAGAGAAUUGGUAGGA